ACGCAAUAAAACACUGAGUGUCACAUUCCUAUAAACUUCUCAACCAAUUGCUUCACACUAUUUGAGUAUUGAAAUCAAAGCGCCUGUUUCCACUCUUGCGUUUCAGUCAGAUGGGCGAGAACUUCAAGUCAGAAGAUAUACUUGGAUUUAAACUUGAUAGGUGUAUUUCCGAUACCUUGAUUAAGACAGGUGCUGGUUUAUUUGGGGGAAUCAUAUUUUCUGUGGUGCUUGCUAAAAGGCGUCCAUGGCCACUUAUCUUCGGGACUGGUUUUGGUCUCGGGAUGGGAAUUUCCAAUUGUAAUAAUGACUUUAAACAACCACUUCCUUUAGUUUCUCACCGUAUUGUGAGUUCAAAUCAAGUUCCGGAUGAAAAGAUAGACACAUAGUAUGAUGGAACAACACUUCUAGUCUGUAUUUAAACCAAAUUGUAUUUUUAGAAAUGACUUUCCACUCGUAGAUUGUUAUGUGAAUAAAGUCUAUUCUAAAACUCCAAGUUCUGUUUAGAUCUAAUUAGUACUAUUGUAACAUGUUUGGGGUGCAUGUAUGGGUUUCUUAUUUUUACUGCACCAAGCGAAGUGCGUGUCAUGCAUAAAUAAGCCCUAUUUUAUCCAUAGUUAACCUGUCAAAAUAAUUUUAACUAUUAGUUUUGGCUGGUUUUGUUUUUUGGUCACUUUCGACUCAUUGUUACGCCUUUGUUUAAUGUGUUUGUUUUGCAAACAAUGUAGGCCAGCAGAUCAUCAAAGGCAUUGUUUUGACGUUGGUAUUUUACAAUCCGAUGACACGAUAACUUGUAAUAGGCUCUUAAGUAAAAUUAUUCUAACUCAUCUAUGCUCCAUUACUUAGAUUUUAAUAAUACUUGAAGGCAUAAUGCGAGUGGGGAAAAAUUUAUUGGACCGGAUUUGCCUUAGCAUCAGAUACAAAUUCAGAUUUAUGUAUGAAGGACAGAAUCUCAAAAGCAUGACCUAGUGCUCCAGGAUACUUCUACAUGUCUGAUAUUCUCUUGAGUAAGUUCAACAAAGGUACAAAUAUCAUGUUUUCUGGUAGUAGGUUUUAAGAGUCGAUUAUGCAGUAGGGAAAUCUGCGCUCCACCGGUAUAUGGUCCUUUGUGGGAUUUUGAGACCUUUUUCUCUGAUUCGUUCUUAUUUAGUCAGAAAGAAAAAAGAUAUAUCUGAUUUAAAACCUACACUCGUUAUUCCAUACAUCAUUUUCGGUUGCCUCAAUUGACGGCAGGUUGAUUGAAAGGCAUCUAAGCCCUUUCAAAAUCUCGUUCUUCUCGGUCAGGUGAACGCUUCUGAAAAUUAGCGUCGCCUUUGAAUGGGAAUUAAUGGGGUGCGUGCCGUUUUUUAAUUUGAAUUUCACUAUUUCUGUAUGAAGUAUUGCAUUCCUGUUAAAGGUUUUGAAGCAUUUUUAGGUUAAAGAGAGCUUUCACGAAGUUAGAAAGUCUUUACCCUAUUUUAAAUAGGACCAGUAAGACCCAAACAAUAAAGCAGUGCGGACUGCAAUUUCCAGAACACCGCAGGUUCUGGUGCAAAUUCUUACUGAUUAAAUAUAAUCUUGAAGCGAUUAGGAGAAAGGUAGGUGGUUAAUGCACGUUCAUAACUUAACUCCUAUAUAAUAGUUGCUUCAUUAUAUGUAUGUGUAUGCGUAAUGUAUCUUAACCUCUUCAUUGGACUAAAGCGUAGCAACCAAUUUAUCAUCACUUAGUGCUCUAUUCAUAACUUAGACAUUAUACGGUAUCCCCACCAAAGUUGACUAGUGUUUCAGAAACACCUACGAUCAAACGAAAGCAACUUAUGUACGUCUUUUUCUCAAAACCGUUUUAGUGAUAAAAGGUAUGCUGCGCUAUGUGCUCUCUGUUUAAUAGACAAAACUUUCAUUUCACUGAUGUUGUACGUUAUGUAAAUUUGAAAAGGACUUGUAUCCUUGUUGAGAUUUUGUCAGUUCUCAGAGUACCACGAUUAAUGAGAUCCCUGAGAUUAUUGGUGUUCUGCACACCCACCUGGUUUAUUACUAGGCAGCAAACCCAGUUAGGUUGACUCAAGAGAUCAUCAGGACUGGUGGUAAAGCACUAUCAGCUAGAUAGACUGAGGUAUUUUCAUACCUAUAUAUAUAACUUUGAACCACACUUUUGUAAUAGAGCUAGUGAUAAUAAUUAAUUGUCCAGAUUAAAGUUUACGGUACAAUAUUUGAAAUAAAAACUUUGAUAUUGUAAAUGUAAUAUGUAGCUAGUUUGCUAAAUAUAUGAACAUUUUAGUCAAAUAGUUAUGAGAUGUCCAAGUUAUUCCAUUCAAAUUUCAGUGAUAUAACGCUGUAAAAAUAUGUGAUUGGCUAAGCGAAGGGCAAUAUACAGUUCUUUUAAUUUAUAGCUGAUAUCUGAGGCAUCCCACUUACUUAAAUUUGGUGUAUUCUGUUUGAUUAUUGAGCACGUAAACAUAAGGUUUACGUUCAAAUUAUACAGCUUGGAUAAGAAUUAUGUAGCUGAUUUUCCCUAAAGUAGAUGCUCUUGUCUAUAUGCAUUAAAUUAGUGAUUCCCAGAAAGUGGGACUAGUAAACAUCUUAAAGUAGAUCCCGCACCCAUAGACUUGUUGUCUUGUUCCAGAAAACAGCAUUGUGAGCUUUGGUCUAUUUCAAUUUCGGAAUUAAGCAAUUGUUAAGGUGUUUAAAAGUGAUAGGUUUCCUGUACUAGAUUUCCUUCAUUUCAAUAUUCCAUUUACUAAGAGGAUCACAAGCUUUUCAUGAUGCAGAUCACUGCUGAUUAUUUUAAUCAUGUAUUUUAUGAAGUAAUUUAUUCUUCUAGACGUAUUUAAGUCUUCUUCUGGCAUGUAUUUUCGUAAGCUUAACUUCAGUCCUGCUUUAACUAUAAUUUUAACUGAAUCUACUCAGAGAAGAUGGUGUACACAAUGUCGAGUCACCUAGACUAGUGACCACAUUGCAACUUGGUCGGUAGGAUUCAAUCUGCACUAAGAAGGAACUGAUGUGCAUGAUAUUGAUCACCACCCAGUGAUCAAUCAAUUGUGAAUCUGCUUAUUUUGCUCUCCAUAUGUCGUACAACUCCUACACUCGUGUUAGUUGUUUGGUUAUUUUAUACUUGUUAACUACAGUUCUUGAUUGUUGGCAAAUUUAUCAAUAUUGUUAUUAUGUUGUAAAAGGUUAACUACCGGUCGACCCGAAGAUGAAAUAAAGCAAAUAUUUUCGAGGAAAUAUGUGGUCCUACGGUACGGUGUUCAAAUCGAUUAAUUCCAUCAGUUCACAAUCUCUUGCCUACGGCGACAAGUUUAUUCCUAUGGGUUACUACAAACAGCUUUCUAAAAUAUCUGUUAAAAUCAAGGAAAGUCAGGAUUCGAAAAAAGACUUGCCACCCUGGCCUUGUCACAACCCUAAUUCGUUUCAGUACUCUUCAAACAUCCAUCCAUUAAGGUUUAAAUCUAAACCGAAUGAAACUAAUUUGGAAUUAAAAUAUAAGACCGUUUGUCAAGAAACCUGGCGUUGGUUAAACGAAUACUGGUCAUUAUACAAUCUUUCUUAUUCAAAGGCAAAAAAUGCAUUUUUAGAAAAAGAGAAAAUGAAAAAUUUAGAAAAUAAUUCAACUGAACAUAAGAUACCAGAUAUGGGAGUAUUUCAUCGUGAAUUUUUGGAGGCAAAUAAAAAGCAGAGAAUGGACUUCAAUCUUAAAUGGUAUCGUUCUAUUGUUUAUAUUGUUUAUCUAAGUAUUUUGGUAGACCUACAACAAUUGUAUCAUCGUUUCUAUGCCAAAUUUUCUCCAAAAUCAAAUAAAUGUGAAAAUGUUAAUGAUAAGAAAAUAGAACCAAAUCAUUGAUUAUUCAAUUGUAUUCAUUUGAUAACUUGAAUGAUUUUGUAUAUAUAUAUAUAUAUAUAUAUAUAUAUAUAUAUAUAUAUAUAUAUACUUUAUUAGAAAUGAGAGUAAACUUUUAUCAAUAUGGGGAUUUGUGGAGAUCGUAGUAUUUUCAGCUGAAUUCACGAUUCGAUCUAAGCACGGCUGGGUUCUGACUUAGUGGUUUAGAGGUUAAGCAUUCGCUCUCGUGAUUAGUUCACAGAAAGUAAUUAAAUAAGUUGAAGUAUUUUCUGUUUGUUUUGCGGCAGACUUUUGGCUUUUGUAGUUUAUUGUUUUGGUUGGUAAGGUCAAAAAAGAUAGAUUAUGUAUGUUAGUCGUAUUGGUAGGAUUCUCACAGUCAAUCCUUUAUUGUCAUAAACAAACUUCUGAAACGAUCAUCAUCGCAUGCUAAUUAGUAUGUUCUAUUUGUAGACAUCUCAGUGCAAAAGUCUGUAGUCACCUAACAAAUAGUUAUAUCUCAACUUGGGAACUUGCGUCCGGUAUCAUAGCAAGCCUACUGUUCCACAAUGCAAGAAAAAAUGCAUGUCAAUUCGUCUGUUAUCAUCAGUUAAUCUGAAUGUUCUAACGUAAUCAUAUGGAAUUCCGUUUGAUUAUAUAUGUUUUACAGAUGUCUGGGAUUAUUUUUGUGGUAGUCCAACGAACGUUUUUAGCAAUGAGGAGUCUGCACACAAAAAUGUUUGUCUACUGAAUUCUGAACCUUAAUAAUUAAUUACAAUUCAUACAUGAAGUGAUUAUGC